CGCACUUUCGGCAUCAGAAGUGAGUGUCAGCACUGGAGAAAGAAUACCUCGCACACUGUCACGUCUUUCUUCUGCCCCAGCACAGCGGAAUAUAAGACUCCAACGCAGAGAUAGAGGUUCAAACGUCGUGUCGGAGCGGCAGGUAGGCUAUAGGGAACCGGGGGACAUCGGAAUCCUCUGCCACUCUCCUCGCUCUUCUCGGUCUGUUCUCAACUCCGCUUGCCAUCAGUUACUGAUUGAAGUCAAACAAUCACGCCGGGAUUGCUGUCUACUGCCUUUCAGUAGGUCUACUCCCUCACUGCAAUACCAAUGCGAGGAUACUGUCAGUGUAUACAGUCAGAGAGUAAACGGACGGGAGGCGCGCAUGUAAAAUAGUCACUGACAAAAUGGACAAAGGGAACUACAUAAUUGCUUCGCUUCUUUUUCAACUGCUGGACUUAAUAUGUGGACAGUUCUUUCCAGGCAGCUGUUCAUUUGAAGACCCCUACAGCAGCUGUGGCUACAGUGUGGCCCUCGGGACCAAUGGCUUCGCUUGGGAGCAAGUCAACACUUGGGAGAGGCCCACCAUGGACGCAGCUGUUCCCACAGGUUCUUUCAUGGUGGUGAACGGCUCCGGCCGGGCGUCGGGACAGAAGGCCCACCUGCUCCUGCCUACCCUGAAGGAGAACGACACCCACUGCAUCGACUUCCACUACUCUCUAUCCAGCCGCGACGGCUCCAGUCCCGGGGCGCUCAAUGUCUACAUUAAGGUGAACGGCGGUGCCCAGGGAAACCCUGUGUGGAACGCCUCCGCCUCGGUGACCGAGGGCUGGGUCAAGACCGAGCUGGCCAUCAGCACCUUCUGGCCCAACUCCUAUCAGGUGAUAUUCGAGUCUGUAUCCGUACAGGGCCAUCCAGGGUUCAUCGCGGUGGACGAGGUCCGAGUGUUGGCCCACCCAUGCCGGAAAGCACCUCACUUCCUGCGGCUGCAGAAUGUGGAGGUGAAUGUGGGCCAAAACGCCACCUUCCAGUGUACCGCCGGGGGGAAGUGGUCACAACACGACCAACUGUGGCUACAGCAGUGGAAUGGUAAAGACACAGCCCUCAUGGUGACGCGGGUGGUGAACCACCGGCGUUUCUCUGCCACCGUCAGCGUCGGGGACACGUCUCAGAGAAGCACCAGCCGCUAUCGCUGUGUCAUCCGCUCCGAUGGUGGCUCCGGGGUCUCCAACUACGCAGAGCUAAUCGUCAAAGCUCCCCCCACACCCAUUGCCCCUCCGGAGCUCUUGGCGGUGGGGGCCACCUACCUGUGGAUCAAGCCCAACGCCAACUCCAUCAUCGGGGACGGCCCUAUCAUCCUGAAGGAGGUGGAGUACCGCACCACCACGGGCAACUGGGCCGAGACCCACAUCGUGGACGCCCCCACCUACAAGCUUUGGCAUUUGGACCCCGACGUGGAGUACGAGAUCAAGGUUCUGCUGACCCGGCCAGGCGAGGGAGGCACGGGACCCCCGGGACCUCCACUCAUCACCCGGACCAAGUGUGCUGACCCAGUCAACGGGCCUCAGAAUGUCAAUGUGGUGGACAUCCGGGCCCGCCAGCUCACCCUGCAGUGGGAGACGUUUGGCUAUGCCGUGACACGCUGCCACAGCUACAACCUGACCGUGCAGUACCAGUACGUGUUUAACCAGCAGGAGUUUGCGGCCGAGGAACUGAUCCAGACGUCGUCCCACUAUACCCUGCGGGGCCUGAGGCCCUUUGUCACCGUUCGCCUUCGCCUGGUCCUUGCCAACCCCGAGGGCAGCAAGGAGAGCGAGGAGAUCGUCAAGCAGACGGAGGAGGAUGUUCCCGGCUCUGUUCCAAUGGAGUCCACCCAGACCGGACCAUACGAGGAGAAGAUCUUCAUGCAGUGGAAGGCACCUAACGAGACCAAUGGUGUCAUCACGCUAUACGAGAUCACCUAUAAGGCUCUGAGCUCCUUGGACCCCAGUGCAGACCUGACCACCCAGCGCGGCAGGGUGUUCAAGCUACGCAACGAGACCCACCACUUGUUUGUGGGGCUCUACCCGGGCACCACCUACUUCUUCACCCUCAAAGCCAGUACCAACAAAGGUUUUGGACCCCCUGUUACCACCCGCAUCGCCACCAAGAUAGCAGCCCCAUCGAUGCCGGAGUACGAGACAGACACGCCCCCUCUGAACGAGACGGACACUACCAUCACAGUUCUGCUGAAGCCUGCCCAGUCCAGAGGAGCUCCCGUCAGUGUCUACCAGCUGGUGGUGAAAGAGGAACGCAAGCAGAAGGUGCGGCGGGCAGCCGACGCGCAGGAGUGCUUCCCCGUCCCCGUCAGCUUCAAGAAUGCCUCCAUCUUGGAUUCGCCCCACUACUUUGCGGCGGAGCUCCCGCCCACCUACCUGACUGUGGUUCAGCCCUUCACCGUAGGUGACAACAAGACCUACAAUGGCUACUGGAACCCCCCGCUCUCUUCGUCCAAGAGCUACAGCAUUUACUUCCAAGCCCUGAGCAAAGCCAAUGGGGAAACCAAAAUCAACUGUGUGAGACUGGCUACUAAAGUGGUAAUAGGUAGGGGACAAAAUACCACGCCGUACAUACUUGUCAUCCCCAGUGAAGGCGCGUCCACCCAGGACUCGGACGCUGUGGAGCCCGAAAAGCAGGUGGACAGCAACGUCAAGAUGGCUGGUGUCAUCGCAGGCAUCCUCAUGUUCGUCAUCAUCCUACUAGGAGUGGUUCUCACCUUCAAACGCAGAGAGAUACACACAUGGAGAACUCUGAGUGUGGGGAAACUGGCCAAAAAACAGAAGGAGACAGCCAACAGCAGCACCCAGCGGGAGAUGGGACCGGUGGGCACGGCUGACAAGAGCACCACCAAAGUCAGCACUCUGCACAAGGACGACCCUUUCUCCACCAGCAGCCAGGACCUCAAUGGUUUCACAUCCCCCUCUCCCUGCUCCUUCUCUGUGCAAGGCAAAACUCUGCAAAGCAAAUCCCUUUUGAAUUCCUACUACUCAGUGUCAAAGGAGGCUGUUGCAGUCCCUGCAACAGCAUCAAUCGAUAGCAGCCAUAGUGAGUUGGCUCAGCCAUCGUUGACCAUCCAGACAUACCCAUACGGGGGCUGUGAGUCAGUUGAGAUGUCCUACCAAGCAGGCCAGUUCCAGCCAGCCAUCCGUGUAGCCGACCUCCUCCAGCACAUCACCCAGAUGAAGUGUGGCCAGGGCUACGGCUUCAAGGAAGAGUAUGAGGUAAGAAUGGGUCUGACGGAAGGACAGGCGGCCCCAUGGGAGACUGCCAAGAAGGAUGAGAACCGCAACAAGAACCGAUAUGGCAACAUCAUCGCUUAUGACCACACUCGUGUCAGACUGCAACUGCUAGAUGGAGACCCCCACUCGGACUACAUGAAUGCCAACUACAUAGACGGGUAUCAUAGACCAAGACAUUACAUCGCCACACAAGGCCCCAUGCAGGAGACGGUGAGAGAUUUCUGGAGGAUGAUCUGGCAAGAGAAUUCUGGCAGUAUCGUCAUGGUUACGAACCUGGUGGAAGUGGGUAGGGUGAAGUGCGUGAGGUACUGGCCUGACGAGACUGAUGUGUACGGAGAUAUCAAGGUGACACUGAUCGAGACAGAGCCACUGGCCGAGUACGUCAUUCGCACCUUCACAGUCCAGAAGAAGGGCCACCACGAGAUUCGGGAGAUCCGUCAAUUCCACUUCACUAGCUGGCCUGACCACGGGGUGCCCUGCUACGCCACUGGCCUCCUAGGCUUCGUCCGCCAGGUCAAGUUCCUCAACCCUCCCGAUGCCGGCCCCAUCGUGGCCCACUGCAGUGCCGGGGCUGGAAGGACAGGCUGUUUCAUAGCUGUGGACAUUAUGCUGGAUAUGGCCGAGAACGAGGGUGUGGUGGACAUCUUCAACUGCAUCCGCGAACUACGCUCACAAAGGGUUAACAUGGUGCAAACCGAGGAGCAGUAUGUCUUUGUCCACGAUGCCAUCCUGGAAGCCUGCCUAUGUGGAAACACAGCCAUCCCAGUCUGUGAAUUCAGAGCCAUAUACUACAACAUUAUCAGACUGGACCCACAGACCAACUCUAGCCAAAUUAAGGACGAGUUUCAGACUCUGAACAUCGUGACUCCCCGGGUGAGGCCUGAAGACUGUAGCGUGGGACUGCUCCCCCGGAACCAUGACAAGAACCGCAGCAUGGACGUCCUGUCUGUGGAUCGCUGCCUGCCUUUCCUCAUCUCUGUUGAUGGAGAGUCCAGUAACUACAUCAACGCUGCCCUCAUGGAUAGCCAUAAACAGCCAGCAGCCUUCAUCGUAACCCAGCACCCGCUGCCCAACACGGCCGCCGACUUCUGGAGGCUGGUCUUCGACUACAACUGCUCCUCGAUAGUCAUGCUCAACGAGAUGGAUGCAGCACAGCUUUGCAUGCAGUACUGGCCCGAGAAGAGCUCCUGCUGCUACGGCCCCGUCCAGGUGGAGUUCAUCUCAGCUGACAUCGAUGAAGACAUCAUCAAUCGCAUCUUCAGGAUCUGCAACAUGGCCAGGCCCCAGGAUGGCUACCGUUUGGUGCAGCAUUUCCAGUUCAUCGGCUGGCCGGCCUAUCGGGACACGCCCCUGUCCAAGCGCUCCAUCUUGCAGCUGGUGAGACGUCUGGCCAAGUGGCAGGAGCAGUACGACGGGGGAGACGGACGCACCGUGGUCCACUGCCUGAUGGGUGGUGGACGUAGCGGUACCUUCUGUGCCAUCUGCAGCAUCAGUGAGAUGAUCCAACAACAGAACAUUGUAGAUGUGUUCCACACCGUCAAGACCCUGAGGAACAACAAAUCCAACAUGGUGGAGACUGUGGUACGUUCCACUGACCACUACAGGAACAGUACAAGUUCUGCUAUGAAGUUGCUCUGGAGGCCCUUAGCUCAUUCUGAGAGAGCAACGCUGCCUCUCGUGUCUGUGGGACACAGUGCUGACACUGCAGAGACACCAACCCAUAUGAGGCAGUGGAUUUGUGUGUGACCACACACACGUGAAACUCUAUAUGAAAAAAAAAACGCCCUCCACACUGGGGUUAUGUGUGCGCUUUUGCAAGACUGGGACCCCUUUCGCUUGUAUAAAGAAAAAAUGGAAUGAAAACCUUUAAACACAGCUUUCCUUCUCUUUCUUCAAUGUCCAUCUCGGACUGUGAUGUGAUCUUGUACAGUAAUUUCCUUUUUAGAUAUAUGCCUUGAAUUGUAUUCCCUCAGUGUAAAAAUACAAACCAAGAAAAUAAACUGACAUGGCUUCAGCUGAUGGGGAUUAGAAAAACACACACACAAAAACAACACAAUCAGAUUAACAAACAACUGAUACCACCGUACAGACGAAGACAAAUGCAAGAUGCAAAGAUUUGAACUCUACCUGGCUUUGCACCUCUUUUCAAAGAAUAUUAAUAACGACUGUAUAAUAUAUUUCCCCCCUGUUUUAACAGACACAAAAUGGCAGAUAUUUUUUGUAAUUCUUUGGAUUUUGUGGUUCCUGCAACUCCUUUACAUCCAUGUGCACACGUUGAUUUUCUCACAUGGUUUGCUGCAAUGAAAAUGAGAGAAGUGCCAGUCAACACUUUAGCAUUCUAUGCUGGCUCUACACAGUAUUCAUCAAAACUUAUUUUACAUUCAUGUGUUUUGUCAUUUGCACUGUAUUUUGCACUGCUUUACCUUCAAUCCCAUUUUAAAAUGGUGUCGUGUAGGGGAGACUAGGGGCAAUCGUAACAGGGAGCAAUUGUAACACAUUCCAUUUCUCCAAACAGAAACAAGCUAGAGUGAUGAAACACACAGUACAUUUAGGUUAUGUCCCUGCUUGAAAAGUUACAGCCAGAUAUCUCACUAUAUUCAAAUGUUUGUUUUUCAGGGAUGAAAGUAGUUUUUUCCACCGGUUGUAUUUUUAUUAUACUGCCCUUAGCAUUAGUGUCCAAUAACUCAAACUAUCAUAAUUUUCAUCACUAUAUGUUGACUAUACAUUGACAUGAAUGACAUGUCACUAUUGUUGUCUCUUACUAGACACAUGAGGUUUUGUCAUGGCUGCUGGUUUGGGGGCAAUUGCCAAUUGUAAUUCAGUGUCAAAAUGACCCUGAGCCAAGCAGCCAAAUUAUGAAAACAAUUGAUUUUAACUAAGAUUGUAUGAAUUAUACAUGAAUUAUACAAAUAACUUUAAAUAGCCGUGGUGUCCUGCAGAGUGCCACAGAAAUUGUAAACAGAUAUAAUCUGGAAACCAUCAUAUUGUUCAGAUAUUUUGAGAGGAACCAAAUGGCCAUGCACAAACAUGGGUUUACUGUAAUUAUUGUUUACAUACCAAAAAAUAUUCAUAUUUAUUGAAAAAUCAUUACUUACGUCUAUGAUAAUAUGAUAACUUAAAAAACAUUCAUGUUUAUGAAUUAAGUGAAUUUAUUCUGUAAAUUUUUUAGGUGUUACAUUUGAACACAGCUACUGUUACAAUUGCCCUUGACACAGGGCAAAUGUAAUGUCCGGACCUUUUGGAUUACAAUCAAUAUUGUGAUCUGACAGUCAUAUGUACAUACAUAUAAAUGGUAUGAAGGAUUAGGAGACAGAUGUAAGUUUCUUAUAUAAAAAAAAUAUUGGCCUAGUUCGAGUGGUCUCUGAGCAAAAGAGUUAGAUGAUUGGCCUAGUUCGAGUGGUCUCUGAGCAAAAGAGUUAGAUGAUUGACCUAGUUCGAGUGGUCUCUGAGCAAAAGAGUUAGAUGAUUGACCUAGUUCGAGUGGUCUCUGAGCAAAAGAGUUAGAUGAUUGACCUAGAUUGAGUGGUCUCUGAGCAAAAGAGUUAGAUGAUUGACCUAGUUCGAGUGGUCUCUGAGCAAAAGAGUUAAAUGAUUGGCCUAGUUCGAGAGGUCUCUGAGCAAAAGAGUUAAAUGAUUGGCCUAGUUCGAGAGGUCUCUGAGCAAAAGAGUUAGAUGAUUGGCCUAGUUCGAGUGGUCUCUGAGCAAAGGAGUUAGAUGAUUGGCAUAGUUCAAGAGGUCUCUGAGCAAAAGAGUUAAACGCAAACAUUUUUACAAUUGCCCCAGUCUCCCCUAAUUUGGUCGAUAGUGCCAUACUCACAUCUUUAAAAAUAUACAAUUUUAACCAAAUUGUGAAGAAACAUAUCAGCCUAGGGAUAGAGUGGCAUAACAUUGUAUUAAUGUCCACCUCAAGCUUGUCAAGCACCGUAGCAGCCCCCACCCUACUGCUUCCCAGUCUCAGGAUUUGGAUAAGAAGACUACUUUGUUUUUCAUCCCUGUCCAUUCUGCGCUCAUAUUCUACUUUAUAAGAGCAAUUUGGCUUAUUGUGAUGCUGUCCUAAUAUGGACACCGUAACCUUGUCCUGCCAUUACUCUCCGCCCAUGCAUCUCAUGCAUACUGUUUGGAGAACUUUGGAUUGUCUUCAUCCUCACUAGACAUGGAAACAGAAUCCAGAUGAGAUUGUGAAUCCAACUCUUGACUGAGGGCGGGAUUUAAUUAGAGUGCUCUAGUCGACAAUGCUGCUUUUGAAGGCAGCGUUUGCAGCAUUUGCAGAAAUCGCAUUCAAGGCAAAUGCUGCAGAUGGCUCAAUUGGAAACUACCUUUAAAUGUCAAGCUUGCUAUAGAGAGUUUCGGAUUGAAUCCCGGCCUGGGAAUUGUGCACGCUAACAGUGUUUUGACUGGGUUUUCUGUCCAUUGAACAGUUUUAGUAUAGUAUUGUACAGGGCUUUGUCAGAAGAAUGUUUUGCUGAACAUGGACAGUGACUUUCAGUAUGAGGUGUAGAAGAAGUAUUGUGUCAACACACAGCAUAGUUGUAUUAUUAACAUGCAGCCUUUUGGUGACUCGAACAAAAAGAGAAACAGUGUUGGAAUUAUAAUGAAGAGAGGUCAAUGCAAGUUGUUUGUUUUGCUUUUCAUAUUUCCACUGUCUAUUAUAUUUCGUUUUCCUAAUUUUUCUCUUGAAUUUGUUAAAAAAAAAAUGUUGUCUAGCAAAGUGAUAUUUAGAUCUGGUGAUGAAAUUGCCAUGGAUGUUUUGUUGUUUAAAAAUGUGGUUACAUCAAAUAAAGGGACCAAAAUGUU